AUGCAGGAUGCAGAAGAUGUGAAAGACGAUGACUUGGCUCAGCUGUCAGGACGCAGCCAGUUCACCAAGGGUGAGUGCAUGCUGUGCAUUACCUGGAUCUCUGGCCAGCUGCUCAAGGGACUGAAGGGACAUGAAGGCUUUAAAAACAAGGAUGACACAGUUUCAGUAGGAAGAGUUUUGGAAACCUUGGAGUCUGAACGUGCCAAGGCGAUCACAGCCUGUGAACGUCUCUUAUCACCCACAGAGCCAGCUGCUGGUGUGCAGGAGCUAAGCUCUCAAUACUACAGCCUUGAAUUCACACACGACUGCUGUGCAUGGGGUUGCCUCAAUCCACGGUGUGAUUUGUGCGAAAAGAAUCCACGCAGACGAUGUUCCAUUCCAUUUGAGAAGAAAUAUUUUAAAGGAGAUCCUGUCAAGGCAAAAUGUGGGGCUUCCAUUGCUUUGGAGUUGAUCGAUACUGCAUCCAGCAAGGUGGCCGAAUCUGCAGAUGCUACACUGGAGUUGUUCAUUGUGGAUGGCAACAAGUACGACCAGACAUUUCCAGAUGGUGUGCAGCGGGGCCAAGAUGAGGCUCUGAAUGCUUGCGCACUGCUGACUGGCAAUGAGAAUCGGCAGCUGUUGGUGUCAACAGACAAGAGCGCCAACCAUCCUGAUGGCAAGGUCCUCAUCGCCCUUCAGGGCGGCCGUGCAACUCUCCCAGAAAUUAUUGUCACCCAGAGCAGCGAAGCCCUCCUGAGCGGCAGAAGACCACCUUUCAGACUUGUUGCAACGUUGUCCAAGGAGUCAGUCUCCAUCAGCCCUCAACAGACUGUGCCAGCUGUAUCGCUGGGUUUCGUGGUGGCCUCCGGUCGAUCACGACUGGCCCAGAAAAAAUGCAUCCCCUCUAUGGAUGAUCCACUGAGCAAGUUAGAGCACAUGGGAAAGGAACGAGUGAGGAAAUUAAAGGAUUUGCAAAUAGCAUCAGCACAGCUGCACCUCUCUCUCCCUUCCUCAUUGCCUGAAGAGAUAACCAAGGUUGGACAUUUCAAGAGCCUUGUUCUGCAAGCCGACAAAGAUGGCCACCUGAAGCAGAGGCUGCUGCAUGUGUUGAAAAUGAGUGACAAGGCAUGGGACGAAGCCAGGGACCAUGCACUGGCAGCAGUUGCAAAUGACACGCGGAUGCGGGCAUGGUACAAGAACGAUGCCAGUGACCAAACUGACAAGGACGGCAACCUGGGCCUAGUGUUUGUCUGCCACCUUGGUGAAACAGACAUGGAAAGACCAGUCGCACUCAUUCGAAACAAUGAUGUGAUCAACAAAGAUCGACAGGGGCCUCGAGAACGGGAGCUCGUGGGACAGCUGCAGGCGGAGGCACUUGCUGCCUGGCGACGAGACAACCACCCAGGGUGGACGUUCUACCCAUUUGACUCUGAGGAUUAUGCACAGGACCCAAGUUCUCUGCCGCCCCCUGGAGCUGCUCAGCACCCCAGUUUCAGGCGGCCUGGACGUCAGCAAAUGUCAGGUUUAAGCUCCAGGGAGCUGUGGCUGCAGCCAAGGGACAGUGCCAUUGCGCAUACGCCAGAAUGGUACCCAUACUCAAGGGGCGAUUUCUCCAGUGUCCGUUCGUCUGGCGAGUCUUGGGAAUCUGUGGAGAAUACAAAGAAGCGGAAAUUGCAGGGUGGUCCUCAUGUGCAAGAUGCUCCAGAGGCCCGCCUCCCACCGAUGCCCCCCCCAGCAGGCUUUGGCCCUGAAAACGCAAAUAAACCUGCAAAUGUGCAGCGCGAGUUCGAUCGGCUGAGAUCGUCCACCCCCAAGCGUGGCCAUGGUGCCAUGGUGAAAGCCAGAGACUGCAUUUCGCUUCCUGUUCAUGGAUUGCCCGGCCUGCAAGAGUUGCAAGGCCACCUAAUGUCUGCAAUGGAACGCCGCCAGCACGCAUCAGCAACACCAUGGGUGGGGGUUGAGGGGAGUGUUAACCAUGGGAGCUCAAGGCGGGACCAGGGCUCAGAGGGUCCUGCACGGCUUUUGACUGGACCUGACGCGGAGUUCUAUCAGCACAGAAUUGCAUCUACGGGGCAGUUCUUGAGCCACUUACAGCCCCUCUUGGCUGCCUGCUCACAGCCAGCCCCAUCGCAAGGGUCCCCCAGCAGCAUGGCCUCGACUGGGAGGCACAUAAGCGUCCAAAGUAGCAUCCAUGGCAGCGUCCAAAGCAACGUGCACCAGCAGGGCAGCAGUGCUGCAGCACCGAUGUCUGGUGUUGAGCUUAGCGGGGAGGAACGGUUGGCAGCAGGGAGCGAUCCCAUGGUUGUAGAUCAGCGGCCUGAAGGUGAGCCUUGCUCCAGGGGCCACAACAGGAGGGAGGGAGCGCUUGCAGCAACAUCCCUUCCCGUGCUUGCAUUGGCAGAUGUUUCGCAAGGCCUGGCCGCCUCAGAGCAAGGUGCCAGGAGUCCAGCGGCAGGAAUGGAUUUGAGUGGUGCAGGCAUGGCAUCAGGUUUGCAACAGCAGGUCGUGCUGGUCCCAGGCAAUAACUGGGAGCCAGGAAGCUCCGUGGCGCCGUACAAUGUGUAUUAUGUGACAAUGCCCAUUGGACAGGGCAACUUAGACCACCGCAUGGUGGACAGUGCAGGCAAUCAAGAGGACACAGGACCUCCAAGGCCUCUUUCUAAUGAACCUGGGGCAAAGGAGGGUUGA